AUUUGAUUGAGUCAAAUUUUAAAUAGCUACUCACUUGCUGCGCAACACUUGCUCAGUGCAGCACAUUGCCACGGUGCAGACAACAGUUGAAUAUCGAAAGGCAACGCGUAUGGUUUGAACAAAAGCAAAUAGCGGUUAAAUUGUUGACAAAAAGAACGCAAUCAAACUGGCUGUGAAGUAAUAUUGGCUAAGUGACAACAGGUGAAGUGUGUGAUGAGCGCUGCAUUUAGUUUGUUUGUUGUUGAUUUAUAAUUGCAAAAGUGACAGCGAACCACAAGAAAUCGAUACAAUAACAACUAAAAAAUACCGUUAAUUAAAAUCCAUACACAUUUAAUAUUAAAGCAAACAACAUAAGCCAACGACAACAACAACGCCCAGCGAACGCUAUACAAGGAAACUGGACACCAUUUCUUAAGCGCCAUAAUGUACCAUCGACCGAAAAUAUUUUUACUCUGCCUGAUUCUGCUACAAAUCCGGCUUUACUGCAGUUUACCUACCAUCAAUCAACCUUUUCCAGACUCCCGCAAUUAUUUGAGUCCAAAUGAAAAGCAAACACUUUUCAAACCACCCGAGUUGGAGGACACCAUUGAAGAGGUGCAGAGAAUUUUGGCGCAGGAUCCAUCUUUGCCACGUUUGACGAGAGGUGAAAUUGAGGAGCUUUACGAAAAGGUGACGCGUGAAGAGUAUCAGAAGAGUGUUGCAGCUGGGGACAUGGGACGCGCGGACAGUAUGCGUGCGCUCAUGCUGGUAUUGCCAUAUAAUACAGACAAUAACACCGAGGAAAAUAUACAGGAACUUUAUACGCGUCCACCAGUUACGAAAGUAAUCGACGCCUAUACGCCACAUCAACCCAUAAAAUUUCUUACACCCGAUCCCAGCGCCCCUCUGAAAACAGAAACUGCGCCAAUCGGGGAUUUCGCAGCUACAACCUACAAGCCUGCCUAUUCUUUGAAGACACAGAAAUUGUUUGCGCCCAGCCCGACCACAUAUCAUCCACCACCACCAGCGCCAGUCAUGUUUAAGAUGACAUCGUCGGUGCAGCAAGGAACGAGUGGUUUUCAACCAGUUACAAAUAGCAUAAACGAUGGCGAAUAUAACACGAAUGUGGAACGUAAUUCCACGCCAAGGCCGGUGCAGCGUUAUAGCAGCCAUUAUAAUGCAAAAACUGCCGAGUUUCUCAAACAACGCAAGCCUGUAAAGCACGAGACGUCCACCGUACGUCCAGUCGCGGAUGUUUUGGAGAGUUUGGGCAUUGUUGGUCAGACACAAUCACGCAACCGCUUCACUAUCGAUGAUUACUAUGCGGCGGAGAGUGCGCCACAACCGGUGAUAUCAACAUAUGUGCCGCAGACCGUAAGUCUUACAGAGCUCAAAGAAUUGCAAGCCUACAAUCUCUCACCGAAGAUCAGACCUGAUGCUUAUUCGAGCUUCAAACCACUAAAUAUUGGUGAAGAAAUACGCGUCAAACCCGAAGUCGAGGGUUAUCUUACACGUUUCGGUAUUGUUGGUGGUCGUAAAAAGAAGGACUUGAAGAAGGGAAAUAAUCUGAAAUCUCAUAACGCUGAGUUAACCGCUGGUGAAAGCGAAAUAUCCACAGCUAAGGUGCCAAGACGUGGUACAGCCGCCGUGGCGAGCAGUGAACUCGAAAAACUUUUAGAAAACUUGCAAGAACUGGAGCGUUUAAACGUCAAUCCCAAAGUGCUAGGUCCAACCACAACUAUCCGGCCAACAACCAGCAGCACUACAACUACAACAACAACACCGGCUCCCACAACACCUAAUUUAAUAACGAAUGGCGCACCCAUGCUGAUAGAACCAAAGAAGCCGCGUAGACGCAUUGACCCAAAUAUCGACAUAAAUUUUGGCAAUACGGGCAACCAUCAGACAGAAGCGCCCAAUACAGAUCAACUCAGCAAGUUGCUGGAAAAUCUACAGGAACUGGAAAAGUUACGCAUCAAACCAGAUAAUGCGUUAAAAACAAUCGCACCAGCGGCUAAUGCCGCACGCACAGGACCGCUACAAUACGCGACGCCCACGCCGCGCACAGCAAAUUUGUUAAACCGCUUUAAUGAGCUCGCGCCACAGUCCACACCCGCCACACGCAGUUCAGCGCAAGCAGAUGCCGCACAGUUGCAGGAUGUACUACGUCAAUUGCAGGCAUUUGAACAACAGAACGUGCGCACCACCACAAAGAAACCAAAAGCGCAGCCUGCUCGUGCUGGGGGCGGUUUACUGGCCGGACUGGGUGGUCUCGGUGGAGCUUUGGCACCAACAGAUGUUUUCAAUCUACAGAAAUUGCUAACGGAUGAUCGAGAGCUAGAACGUUUAUAUGAGCAGGCGCGCGCCAGACAAACCGGUCGAAUGGUGACGAAGACCACAACAGCGAAACCAACUACUACAACUACUCAGCGCGCUUUGAUUUUAGGUGAUUUAGAUGAUUCGGAGCUGCAGCGUCUAUUUGAGCAAGCACGUGCACGUACAAGUACUACAGCACCGCUUACCACCUCCACGACAACUACAAGCACAUCGCGUACACCGGCGCCUAGUUAUCGUGAGUUUGAACAACUACAGAAAUACUUUGCGGAGUUGGAAAGAACGCGCACGAGCACAACCACAACUACAACGACGACAACAAGCACAACAACACCUGCGCCUACAACGACAACAACACCGUCAACAACAACUACGACAACGACAACUUUGCCGCCCACUACAGCCACAAUCACUACGACCGCGGCACCGGCUAUUAGUUCGUUAGAUUUAGCGCAGCGCAUUACCAACAGUCUAGGUGCGCAGAAGACCAAAAAAACGGAGCCCGACAACGAUCAGCUGCAGGAGCUCAUAAAUCGCGUACAGCAGCUUGAACGUUUGAACGCCAAAAACGAGAAGAUCAUACGUGCAACAACCACAGAUACACCAAUACCAUUUAUUGGCUUUACCACGCGUAAAGUUAAUGCGCCAAGCUCCGCUAAGUCCAACGAGCAACGCGCUCCUUUAAAUGAUUUCGCGCAUUUGCAGGAGCUCUAUCAGCAAGUGGCAAGCGCAGAGCAAGACGCAUUUGGACGCAUUGAAAUUUCUACAGCUGCCACUGCAGCUAAACCGUCUGCCAAGCGCACGCAGAAGUUUGCACAGAAGAUCAUUGAUAUCACAAAUGACACUGGCUCGGGUAGCAGUCUGCAAGAGGUCGAGCCCAAUGAUUUUGUGCAAUUGCAGAAGCUGUUGAGUAAAGUCAAAGAGUUGGAGCGCGUUAAGAUACACGGCGUACAUGGUAUUGUGCAACCAGCCACACCCGCUCCGACUGUCGGUAGCUACACGCGUGAAUUCACUGAUUUAACAAAUUUAGUUACGUCCGCAUCGGUACACACGCCAACGGUACAUAACUCGAAUGGCGCGCAAAUCAUUUACCCCGAGAAAACGCAUGAGUACAAACCAUUCGAAGACAUACUCAAGCCAGACUAUAGGGAUCCGGUUGAAACGAAAGCUCAUGUGGGCAAGAAAGGGAGCGCUGUGUUGGAACCGACAUCUAGCGAAGAAUUGCGUGAGUUGGCUAUGUCAGCGCCAGCGAACCCCAAAAGCUCCUCUUAUGAUAAAGAUUUCGAACAAUACCAAGAUUUCUUCAAACAGCUGGAGGAUGAAGAACGCAGUUCUUACAAGAAUAUGCAACCACCUAUGAUCUACAAGACCGUGACUAAGGAGCCACCCCGUUUCGUUGUCGCGCAUAAGCCGCAUGAGGUGCACAAGCCCAAAAACGGUAAUGUGCAACAAAAAGCAGAUUUGGAAGAGCUACAGAAACUGUUAAGUAAUGCUCAGGAGCUUGAGAAGUUAGGCGUCACACUACCGGCAGAGUUGUCAGAUCAAAUAGAGACCAAACUGACUAAACAUGCCACCACUGAAAGAACGGAGAAGCAACUUGAGACGGUGACAACACAACCUGUGCAUAUAGUCACAGCCGAACGUCCUAAACCCAGCGCGGAACUACACGACUUGAAGAGCCAAGUAAGCACAGCUCCAAGUUCGACGCAUAAGGACAGAAGCACUGGCUACGCUAUUGUAACUCCCGAAUCGACAAGUGCUGAGAAUGACAUACAAGAGUCCAGCGAAAAGGAAGCUUUUUUCUCGCUGACCACACCGAAAUCACUUGCACCGAAAGAACCCAAAUCCACCACCCCCAGUACUUUAGAUCUGCCCGUUUUUAGUGCAACCAAGAUCAUUGAGGCCGCUAUUAAACGCGCAGCUAAUAAAAUAGGCGUCUCCACCGAACAAACGCUCGGCUUCCAGAAACGCAGCGACACGGAUAUUUAUGCUGAUAUGGAUCCGGGUAGUAUGGACGAUUUAAUGGGUGAGUUUAGUGAGAUGAACUAUCAGCUGGCUUCACCGGAUAUCGUAGUCAGCGACGCAAUAGCAAGCAAACAAGAAACUGUUGGUAUGGAGCAAACUACCACAGCCGCUGACGCAGUUGACAUAACACAAGAUUUACAUGAGCUGCAGCGCUUGAUCGGCAAUUUACAGGAGCUACAGCGCCUUAAUCUCACUGUUUCAUCCGAGUUGCUACGCAAAGCAGAUGCGAAGUAUCUGGAAACGUUGAAGAAACAGCAAACACCCACCGAUGACACCACAAAGAACAGACGUCAAAGCGUGACACCAGUAGUAAGCGCGGCAACGAAUGUUGCCGGCACGAGCACAACACCCAGAGCCAGUACAAGCAGCGGCUCAGAGCAAGCUGCAUCCGAUGACGAUGCAGACAUAGCACCAGACCCAGUAGACAUUGCAGCAGCGGCGGAUACUGAUAGUGCGGCAGUUGAUAAGGUGUCUAGUGAUAGUAGCAGCACAACGACUACGGAAGAGUCGCGGAACGGUUCGCUCGCCGAUCUGGAAGAAUCGUUCGGUGGCACGGAUACGAAUAAGGAGGAACCAAAGCCGCCGAAGCGUAAGAACGGUUUCUAUUUUCUAGCCGAUUGGAAUUCUUUUUUGGAAGUGGGUGAUGGCGAUGAUCAGGUGAUUGUGCGUCUGAGUCCGAAAAUCGGCGAUCCACGCCUGUUCAUACCAGUUAAAAUACCAUAAUUGCUGCGUUACUUGGAGCUGUAGAGACUAAGUGCAAAAGCAGAAAUUAUAACUUUUGUAAAUAUUUAUUAUAAAUAAUUAUGUGCGUAAGAUAUUAUCAAGAGGUUAGCUUGAUUUGGAUGGGUUCGAGUGCAAUGAGACUCGCUAGUAAAGAAAGUUUAAUUUUUAUGUGCAAGGAUCUUAAAGAACCAAGAAGACAACUGAAAAGUUCAUUGAGCUUUUUGAGAAGUUUUGAUAAAUCAGAAGUGAAGUGGUGAAAAUUCUAUUUAUUUGCAGCGAGUCUCUGAGCCUUUUCGACUCGACUUUAGUUCUCAGUUCUAAGCUGUUUUGUUCUCAGUCUUCAAUAAAAACUGUAUCUUGUGCAUAACAUGAUUUUUCAUGUUCAUCUUCUUAUGCUGUCCUCAAACUAGUUACUAAUAAGGUGAGGGAGAACUCUAACCUCCAUCUAACCUAUAAAACAAGUCGUUCAAUUUUGGUCCGCACUACGACAACCACAAUUUGUAUAAUUUAUUAAUAAAUUUGGUAAAAAGAACUAACGAGAUAAAAACUGUAUGGCAUUAGAUUUAUACUGCAUAAAGCUAACAAAGCUUUAAGCGUUUCUAGCACGUAAGCUGAGUCAAUUUAAUAUGAGUCUUAAUAUUUAAGUAAACGAUAAGUGAAUAAAAUAGCCGACUUUAACAGAAAAAAUUAUAAUUUA